AUGGCCGAGAACAAGCAGGCGCAGACCAAGACCCCCUUCGACCAGCUGUCGGAGCAGGAGAAGACGCAGACCUGGACCGAGUGGGUCAAGGACUUCAAGCCUCCCCUGGGCUUCGGCGAGAUGUCCGAGGAGGACCAGAAGAAGACGUACAUGGAGUGGGCGCGGGAAAAGUACAACGAGCAGUACGAGAACUGGAUGCCGUGGAUCGAGGACCACUUCCUCAAGUGGUUCACCAAGGAUAACAAAGCGAGCUACGCCACCAAAGACACACUCGACAAGUCCAAGGUUACCGGCGUCGAGCAGGUCGACAAGCUGCAGGACGGCGUCAACAACCUCGUCGCGGGACAGGUCGGACAGGGUGGCCUCCUGCAACCGAUCGGCGACAUGGCUUCCAAGGAGGGCGUCAACAGGGCGGAGCGACAGGGCAAGGACGACAAGGGAGGAAUCCACGCUCUCGACUCGUCGGUAGCCGUCACUGGCCCGAACGGAACAGGAUACUGGACGAAGCUCUUCAAGCUCUAA